AUGAACCAAACAAAGACUACGCACCUUGGCAUCGUUGUGGCAUUGGCGGCAGCAGGGCGCCAUGACGAUGCAUCCUUCUGUAAUGCGCACACCUUUUGUCAAGGCAGACACAAGAGACGUGCGACGUUGGCCACGGCGCACGACGGCGAGGACAGCGGGCCGCUCGAUGGCGAGGACCACCUGUGUUUUCAGCGUCGGGGAGGGGGUGGCGUGUCCGGCGGCGGCACGUCCAGCCGCCUCAACGGCAGGGCAAAUCGUGGAGGCAGCGGCGCGUCCGGUGGCGUCGAGAUGGCGGCGCGGCGGCGUCAAGGCGUCUGCCGACAGCAGGCGCUGCUUCGCAGCGGGGAGGGAAAGGAGUCGUCGACAUCGGCAGAUCGGGGCGGGGCGCGGACGCGGAUUGGGGCGGAGCGAGACCGACAGCGCGGGUCCUCCUUCUCGGCGAGGCGGCAGAACGGUCUUCUCGCCGAUCCGUCGGACGCGAAUCAAGGAUUGACGAGCGCGGGCGAGGACGACGGCGCUGGCGCGAGCGGUGAGCUCGACGGCGUGAGUGCGACGAGCGGCUUCGUGGCAGGGAGAGAGGCAUGGGCGAGCGUCGGCGUCAGCAUCAGCGAGUGGAAGGCAGCGUGGGAAAUGAGGCGGCUUUGUGGGCAUGCGUGUGAUGGAGCGUGA